AUGCCAUCCUCUGAAUCCGAGGUAGAAGACUACAUGUCAAUGAAGUUUGAUUCUGCCCCAUCAACCAUGCUGAGCAGUGAGGAAAAGCGAGAAGUAGAAUCAAAAGAACGAGGAAUCCAAAAAAGUCAGAGAACCUUAGAAUAUGAGAAUUUUAAAAAAGGAAUAUCAGAAUCAGUGUCUGAAAAAUCCGUAGGUUCAAAAAAGGCUUUAGAAAUGAUGAAGAAAAUGGGUUACAAGUCCGGUUCAGCGUUGGGUGCGGAAGAAAAAGCAGAAACGGAGCCGUUGUAUGUUGAGAAAAAACAAGACAAGACUGGUAUUGGUUAUGAGAAUCAGAAGAAACGACGGUUGGAGGACAUCAUAAAAGAAGAACGGCUCGAUAUAGAAAAACAGACGAAAUCAAUCGAUGAGUUCUCGACCGAAAAAUCAAAAGAGUAUUUGGAAAAGAAAUUGGCAAAUCAGUGUUCUUCUGCUCAGCACGUUCUUGAAAAACUAGAGACCAUUGAACUUGAAAAGUCCGGUAUGGAAAUGACAACUGAAAAGGCGCACCCAUAUUAUCGUUCCCUAUUAUUAAAAACGCAACAAGAUCGAGAGGAAAGAGUCAAACGAAAACGUCUUGCUAGCCGCGUCCCACUCGCUCAAUUGGAAACUGCAUCAGGACCAGACAUUCCCAAAGAAAUUUUAGAAGAGGAAUCCACUAGAAUGGAUGAAGAAUUUCAAUAUUUUGAAUCGCUAACGGAGCUGAAAAAGUUAAGUACAGUUUUGCUCUACCUUCGAAAGAAAUACUUUUAUUGUCUCUAUUGUGGAUUCAGUUAUGAUGAUUUGGAAGAUUUAGAAAAGAACUGUCCAGGUAUUUACGAAGACGACCAUGACUGA